AUGAAAAAGGGGACGCUUAAUGUUACAGUUUGAGGUUGUUUUUACUUUUCACAUGAACAUCACCUUUUAAAUUAACGUAUAUGUUCCGUUUUGAUCGUUCUUUGGAAAUUUUGCAAAAAAGGUUUAACAAAACUUUUACGAUUACAUGAGCAGUCACUGUUUCUGGAUCACUUUAGUUAACGUAUUGACGUUCAAAGUUAUGGUUUUUUCUUAUGCGGGAUGGAAUGCAAAAUUGUCAGAAGAUGACUUUCGCCAGGAAUAUAUCGAUUAUCACUGCAAAACAGUUAUCCCGAAUUCGUAUUAUCAAAGAGGUGAUAACGCGGUAUAUUACCUGGCGGAUUGUUUUUUUUCGCGCAAGUUUUGGACCAAGUUUACGUGGACGGGUGUCAGCAAAGGUGCAACCCCAAAAUCUCGAAGAGGUUUUCGGGAAUUUGGAAAUGUCCUCCAGUUAUUUUUUGAAAUUACUGUAGUAGGAGAUCCAACUUAUUCGAAAGAAAAACUACAAAAUUUUAUCCAAAACCGGCUAUUUCGUUACUCAAAAACUAGAGCCGAUUCUAAAUUUUUGCGAAAAUCGACGAUACGACCAAAACGAGCUACUUCGAACAAAAGAGAUGCCUUGACGACGGAUCAGAUUGACGAAGAGAUGGAGAUGGAGGAAGCAGAAGAAGUUGAUGAACAAGUUGAUGAAGUUGAUGAACAAAUGAGUGAAUAUCUCGAAGACGAAUCUAGAAACAGUGAAUAAAAACGAUUUUACGAUCCUUUA